CAGACACCUUCAGGUGCAUAUACUGUAGGCAGUGUGUGGAUUAAUAAAUGCAGACAUGAGGGUCCUCUUUGUGUUAUGCAUGGCCCUAACGGCCACUCAUACAUGUGCUCAAGGAAGAACAUGGCAGCAGGACUUUGAGGAAGCUGUGAAUACCUGGAAUGAGGAGGAUUUAACUAAGGAAGAUCCGGACUCAAUCAGAGCCAGUAACAUCCAGCAUCCUCUGUUCCAGUGCCCAGACAUGAGCCCAUCUCCCUCUGUACCCACAUCAGUGGAGUUGGUGAAACCAGCAGAUAUCAAAGUGAUCGGAGCACUGGGGGAUUCACUGACGACUGCAAUUGCAGCCAAUGCGUCCAGCGUUUUGGGAGUGCCAAUUGAAUACCGCCAUGUUUCAUGGAGCAUUGGAGGGCAUGGGUCAUAUCAAGAUGUUAUAACUCUUGCUAAUAUUGUGAAGCUCUUUAAUCCAGAUGUGUUGGGUCCUGCUCCCAUAUGGACCAUGAAUGGAUACCCUGCCUCUUUAGAGGAUACGGGAUUCAACUUGGCUGUUACAGGACAUAACAGUUUAAACUUUUCUGAGCAGACAAGAAACAUGAUUGACACCUUCAAAAACUAUUCAGCCAUGAACUUCAAAGAGGACUGGAAACUGGUCACUGUCCUCAUUGGGAUGAAUGACAUUUGUGACUACUGCAAAGACAAAACACUCUUCUCUGUGGAUAACUUUGUCCAGCACAUCACAGAGUCUCUUCAAAUGCUGAUGGAUGAGGUCCCAAGGCUGAUCGUGAACAUGGUGCAAAUCCUGACCAUGAAGUCCCUGAGGGACGUCCAGAGGCCAACAGUGGGCUGCCAGCUGCAGAGGACCUUCUGCUCCUGUUUGGUGUUGCCAGAGGAAAACUCUACCGAGCUGCAGGAAGUCGUAGACCUCAACCGAGAGUUCCAGCUUAGACUGGAGAAACUCAUCCACAGUGGCCGGUUCUUCAAGGAGGACUUUGCCGUGGUUCUUCAGCCCUAUCUCACUAACACGGAACUUCCAAGAUCACCUGAUGGCACAGUUGACCUCAGUUACUUUGGACCUGACUGUUUCCACUUUACUAUCAAAGGCCAUGAAGAGUUGGCCAAGGGAUUGUGGAACAACAUGUUUCAGCCAGAGGGUGAGAAAGAUAUUAUUCCCAGCCUGACCGACCCCAUCAAGCUGAUCUGCCCUCCACAGGACCACCCUUAUAUAUACACAAAACCAAAAGCACUGCUCUCAGCUGCUUCAACAGAACAAGGUCUCCUGACUCUUUUGAUGGUCAGUUCCUUGGCACUACUGCUCAGUUUCUGAUCAUGUCCUGCAAUCAGAUUUGAGCUCUUCCA